UACAGUUGCUUUCAACACCUGAAGGUUACCAUUGAGCAGAAGUGAACUGUGCCAGCCAUAUAAAUACUGUGGCUAAAAAAUACAGCUCAGAAACUGGGAAAUCUGUGACUCCCCAAAGCCUAUCUACCAACCACAAGGCGUUAGUGUGAAUAUGAUGGAUCACUCACCUGUAUAAGUGUGUUUUCUUCAGGAAGCUAAACACAAUACAGCACAAAGUAACCUGCUUGAUAGACGUUCCAUUUGCCACCUCAGUGUUCACUCCCUCCACCAACAAGUCACCAUUACAGCAAUGUGUAUCAUCUACAAGAUGUCUGCCACAAUUAUCCAUGACUACUUUGACAGGAUCUUUCAAACCUGUGAGCUCUUUUACCUAGGAAGACAAUGGCAGCAGACACUGCGUAAGCCACCAUCUGCAUGUUCCUGUGCAGGAAAACACCAUUCUGACUUAGAACUAUAACACCAUUACUUCACUGUCACUGAAUAAAAGUCCUGGAACUCUCUACCCAACAGUACACCCCUUAGGGCUUUUGACAGUUUCAUGACAGAAUGCAUGACUUCACUAUGGAUAAAGAAGCAAGUCGUUUGGAGAAGGACUAUGUUCAUGAUGUCUAUGAGAGGAUCGCCCCUCACUUCAAUGACUCUCGUUAUAAGGCUUGGCCCAGAGUACGACACUUCCUGUUGGAACAAGAACCUGGCAGCCUCAUCGCAGAUGUUGGAUGUGGAAAUGGAAAGUACCUUUGUAUCAACAAGCAGGCCUACAAAGUAGGUUGUGACUAUUGUCUGCCCUUAGUAGAAUCAGCAAGGGAGCAGAGCUACGAAGCCAUGGUAUGUGACAGCCUGCAUUUACCAUAUCGGGACCAGUGUUUUGAUGCUAUACUAUCAAUAGCAGUGAUACACCAUUUUUCCACAAAAGAACGUCGUGUUCAAGCAAUAAAAGAAAUGGCGAGAAUUUUGCGAGUAAGAGGGAAAAUGAUGAUCUAUGUUUGGGCAAUGGAACAAAAUCGACGUAAAUUUGAAAAGCAAGAUAUUUUUAUUCCAUGGAACCCUACACCACCACCAUCAAGGUCCAAAAUUCUAAAUGAACAAAAUCCAUCAAUCCAACAAAUUAAUAAUGAAAUUUUUCACAAAGGCAAACCUUUAAAUUCAAAUAAACUGGCAAGCAGUGAAUUCAAUUUGUGUAAAAAACACAUUAAAGGAAACCAAGUUUCCUCUUUGGUAAUGGAGAAUACAUUACUAUUUGAAAAAUCUUUAAAUCUGUGGAUAUUUUCUCAAUCACUGAAUUCUUCACAACAGUUCAGCAGCAAUAAUAGAACAAAAUCCCCUAAAGAGAUAUGGAUGUUUUGGGAUUAUAUUUCUUCAUUUAAAACAAAUAUUAAGUUCUCUGAACAAAGAAAAACUGACAAUAUGACCAGAUUUGUUUCUAAUGUAUUUUCCUAUGGGCAACGUUCUGAAGAUGGUUUUGAUGUCCUUUCCAAGUCACAAUCACUUAACCAUUACAACAUUUCAGAUCCCCACACCCCGUUCUUUGAGCAUCCGUGUGUGGGAUCAUUUAAAAUCCAGGAGUCUUCCAGCAUUUUACAUCGAUGUUCUGAAGUUUCCUUACCUGAUCUUACUUCACAGCCCUUAUUCCAAAAUGAGUCUCUCAAUUACCUGAGUGAAAAUAAGUCUGCAAGUGACUCCACCUUUGAGAACAUCAACAGUGUGCAUCCACAAAUGCAGAGAAAUGUGACUACUGACUCAAGUAACUGGCCUUUGGAAUCUCAGGUUUUGGCAAAAGACAAAAAAGAUCAGACUAAUUACAACAGUACUUGCCUCAGAUACUAUCAUGUUUUCAAACAAGGGGAGCUUAUUGAACUAAUAGAAGAGCACAUCAAAGAUCUGCAAGUGAUUCAAACAUAUUAUGACCAUGCUAACUGGUGUGUUGUUGUGGAAAAAGUCAGAGUUGGCAAAAUUUGAGAAUGCACCAUGACCUUGCUCUAAGACUAAGGCUAAUAAUUAGUUAUAAGUUUUUGCAUCUUUUAGAAGUGCCUGCAUAUAGUUUUGAUGUGCUUUAUUUAAGUUGUGUUAGUGAUGUGCCUUUUAACAUUACAGAUAGUGACAAUAAAUGAACAAUACAUUUCCAAAUAUUAUUAUUGUGACUGAUAAAACUUUGCACUCUUAAUUCAAUCAAUUUAAUUUUAUUACCUUGAAAUGUUUUAAUAACUAGUAUGGUGAGCUGCUAGUAAAACUUUGCUAACUUAUUUUACACUACAAUAAAGUAUACAAUUUACCAAUAAAUGUUCUGUUUUUAAAUUAAUUAUGGGAGUUGUCAU